AUGCCAGGUUUUUUCAAAUCCGUUUCUGGAAGUAGAAAUCAAGACAAUUCCACUUCUGUCAUGUACAACGUAGAAGACAUUGACAUUCAUGAAUGGACUGUCGAUGACUUUGCCAAUUGGUUAUCUCAAAAGAAUUACAAGAAGAAAAUUAUCAAAAUUUUAAAAAAAGAGAAAUGGAAUGGUGAUUCACUCAUGGAAUUAAAACAAGAAUCUGAUCUCAAUCUCUCUAAAAUUCCAUCCGGUGUUGCAAAAUCAAUAUUUGCAGAUAUUCAAAUGUUGAAACAAAAACAAAUCGAAGAAAAGGAAAAGUGGCCAAACAAACCAAAACAAUCGGCAGAUGAAAUUCGAAAAUCUGUUCGAUUGACACAAGCGCCUCCCGUUCUCACUCAACCUGUCACAGUGUUGCCAAUCACAAGUGACAACAAUUCAACAGGUGCGAGUUCAGAAGUGCAUUUUGUUGGACCCACAACUUCCCUGACAGGUUCCUUUCUUCUUAAUAAUAAGAAAAGAGAUCCAAGUAUUCACAGAGGAGCAAUUAUUAUGAGAAGUGGCGGCUCGAGUGGGGUCCAUUCACCUUCUUUCUCAUCAGCAACAAUCAUGACCAAUCCAACAAAUUCAUCCUUUCUAUCUGGUUCAAAUGGAAGUAGUAGUGAAGGAAUAAUUUCUGAAAUUAAUGAAUUGUUCAAUGAUUUGAAAGGAGGAAAUGGUGAGACAGGAAUGAUGACAACAAAUUCUGUUGUGAAUAUUCAUUCGAAUCAUGCAAGCAUGACAAAUUCAUUGGCACCAAGAUCUUCAAUGAUGAUGCAAAAUCAAUACUCGAAUACUUCAAUGAUGAUGAACAAUCCUACUCGAAGUUCAUCCUCUUAUUUGAAUCAACAACAUUCGAUGGGACAUGAAAUUUCGGCAUUUUCUGUGCAAGAUGAUGUUCAGGAAUGUCCACCAUGGGAUAUUGAAUCCAUGAAAUUAAGUCACAAACAAGAUUAUAAUUAUUGUCAUGCAAAAAUUGAAUCCAUGCUUCAACUUGGAAUGAAUGAACAGAAAAAACAUGUUACAAUCAAUCAUCAUCAACAACAACAUGGAAAAACCAAUAUUGGUAACCAAAAGAAUUCUCUCUUCACACUCACUAGUUUGAAUUUACAAGAAAUUACUCAAAAUUUAAUCAUUCCUUCUCGAUUUUCUUACAAGUAUUUAAAUCCAGCUCGAUUAUUGAAGAGUCUCAUUUUAGAGAAUAAGAAGAGUCACAUUAGUUUUUUAAGAAUCAAAAUUGCAGUUCGAAUUUUAAACUCGGAUGAAAUUGCAGAAUAUGUCAAGUUAUUGAAUGCGUUAUCCAACACUGAAGAAGAAACACAAAGCCAACAACAACCACACACAUUCUCACAAACACUCAAAUUAUUGAGCUCAAGAAUUCAAUACGCUGCCUACACACCUGCUCUCAUUAUUGGACCAUUCUUUUUGGAGUGGACGAGAUUUGGAUUGGCUGUAAUAAGACAUGUGAAAAAUGUGACAGCACAUCAUGUCGUGUUCUACGAUGCAAAAGUAGUGAAAGGAAAUGAUGAAAUUGCGUCACUUCUCUCGAAACUAUCCACAUGGGCAUGUUAUUGGAAUGGUCAAAAAGAUUUUGAUAUUUUACACGCCAAUUGUUUUACUUUUUGUAAUACUAUUUUGGAAAAUAUUGAAUGUUUGCAUGAUUUACCAUCUCAUAUGAAAGAAUUUUUGAAUUUGUUUAAAUAUUGUGGAGUGUGUGGAAAUACCGUUUAUUUAAAUGCAACGCCAGAAUUGGAAAAAUGUGUCUCUGAAUUUGGAAGUGAGUCUUUAAUAUCGAAAUUGAAUCGAACGGGAGAAAGUGCCUCUUCAAGUCACAUCACAUUUACCAAUCAACGAGUCUUUAAUGAAUUCACAUCCAUCAUUCAACAAAAAUUGACACCCACUUAUUUAGAUGAUCACAAAUCACUCAAAUAUCAAUUACAAAUGAUUGAAAGAGGUUUUUGGUAUGAUAUGGAACGAAAUGGUCCAACCAUGUACAAUGAACCUUUAUAUUUGAAACAACAUUAUCAAGAUGGUCUUGAUUCGUCAUUUGGUGAAGAAGUGAUGAAGUUGAAUGAAGAAUCUCCUCCAACAUGCAAUGAAGGAGCUUCUAUUUCUGCAACUAGUACUGGAAAAUGUCAAGCCAUGUUCAAUUCGAGUGGUUUAUUAGAACAUGCAUUUCAUAUCAAUGAUGAGCAUAAUGUACAUACCGAUUUUGAAUUUAGUAAUUAUCGGGUGGAAUUUCCAAAAUUAUAA